AUGUCUCAACAAAAGUCCGCUAUCAUCUCCGUCUAUGACAAGACUGGGCUGCUGGACCUGGCCAAAGGUCUGGUGAAGCAGAAUGUUCGUCUGCUCGCGUCCGGUGGCACGGCCAAGAUGAUCCGUGAGGCUGGAUUCCCCGUCGACGAUGUCUCGGCCAUCACACACGCCCCCGAGAUGCUGGGCGGCCGUGUCAAGACCCUUCACCCGGCGGUGCACGGCGGUAUUCUGGCGCGCAACAUCGAGGCCGACGAGAAGGAUCUCGCAGAGCAGAAGAUCGCCAAGGUCGACUACGUGGUGUGCAACCUGUACCCGUUUAAGGAGACAGUGGCCAAGGUCAACGUCACCAUCGACGAGGCCGUGGAGGAGAUCGACAUCGGCGGCGUGACGCUGCUGCGCGCCGCGGCCAAGAACCACAAGCGCGUCACGAUCCUGUCGGACCCGCUUGACUACCCGGAGUUCCUCAAGGAGCUCGAGGCCGGCGAGAUCACCGAGCCCAGCCGGAAGCAGUAUGCGCUCAAGGCCUUUGAGCAGACCGCCGACUACGACUCGGCCAUCUCGGGCUUCUUCCGCAAGGAGUACGCCGGUAACGGCGUGCAGCAGCUCUCGCUGCGCUACGGCACCAACCCGCACCAGAAGCCCGCUUCUGCCUACGUCGAACAGGGCAAGCUGCCGUUCAAGGUGCGCAAUGGCUCCCCCGGCUAUGUCAACCUGCUUGACGCCCUCAACGCAUGGCCCCUAGUCAAGGAACUCAAGCAGGCGCUGGGCUUCCCCGCGGCGGCCAGCUUCAAGCAUGUAUCGCCGGCUGGUGCGGCCAUCGGCGUGCCACUGACCGAGAAGGAGCGCAAGGUGUACAUGGUGAACGACAUUGCGGGUAUUGAGUCGUCGGGCCUGGCACAGGCGUACGCUCGUGCCCGUGGCGCCGACCGCAUGUCCAGCUUCGGCGACAUCCUGGCGCUCAGUGACGUCGUCGACGUGCCGACGGCCAAGAUCAUCUCGCGCGAGGUAUCAGACGGAGUGAUUGCGGCAGGCUACGAGCCCGAAGCGCUGGAGAUCCUGUCCAAGAAGAAGGGCGGCAAGUACCUGGUCCUGGAGAUGGACGAGGACUACACGCCACCGGCCGAGGAGACGCGCACGCUGUACGGUGUGCAGCUCACGCAGCACCGCAACGACAUCGUCAUCUCGCCCAGCAAGACCUUCAGCACGAUCGCGGCCCUGCGCGACCUGACCGUCGCAACCAUCGCGCUCAAGUUCACCCAGUCCAACUCGGUCUGCUACGCGCUUAAUGGCCAGGUUAUCGGCCUCGGCGCUGGCCAGCAGAGCCGUAUCCACUGCACCCGUCUGGCCGGUGACAAGGCCGACAACUGGUGGAUGCGCUUCCACGACCGUGUCCUCAACAUCAAGUGGAAGCAGGGCACCAAGCGUGCCGACAAGAGCAACGCUAUCGACCUGCUCUGCUCGGGCCAGAACCCGCGCAACGAUGCUGAGAAGGCCGAGUACGAGCGCGUCUUCGAGGAGGUGCCUGCUCCGUUCACGCAGGAGGAGCGCGAGUCCUGGCUGCAGAAGCUGGGCGAGGUUGCCGUUUCGUCGGAUGCUUUCUUCCCCUUCAUCGACAACGUCUUCCGCGCCGCUCGCUCCGGCGUCAAGUACAUCGCCGCCCCCAGCGGCAGCCAGAACGAUGGCCCCGUCUUUGAGACCGCCGAGAAGCUGGGCAUUGUGUUUGUCGAGCAGGGCAUCCGUCUGUUCCACCACUAG